AUGAGAGCUAGUCCUUCAAUCAUUCGUUUCAUAUCCAUUUUUUCAGCAUUGCUUAUUCCCACAUUUGCUGAAAAGAAGUCUUAUGUAGUGUACCUGGGAUCUCAUUCACGUGAUCCAGAAAUAGAAGUCUCAGCUGUUGAAUAUGAGAGAGUAAGAAAUUCCCAUUUUACGCUCCUCGGAUCAUUCUUAGGGAGUGAGGAAAAGGCCCAAGAAUCGAUUUUCUACUCUUAUACAAGACAUAUCAACGGCUUUGCUGCAGUACUUGAUGAGGCAGAAGUUGAUCAGAUAUCUAAACAUCCGGAUGUCAUAUCUGUGUUCUUGAACCGACCAAAGAAAUUACACACGACCAGGUCAUGGGAGUUUAUGGGGCUAGAGCACGAUGGCCAAAUCCAGCCAUCAUGGACCGAGGCAAGAUUUGGUGAAGACGCCAUUAUUGCCAACCUUGACACUGGUGUCUGGCCAGAAUCGAAAAGCUUCAGCGAUGAAGGGUUUGGGCCAAUUCCACCCAGGUGGAAAGGAACUUGUCAAAAUGGUCAAGACCCAACCUUCAAAUGCAACAGGAAACUCAUUGGAGCAAGAUUCUUCAACAAAGGAUAUUUUGCUGCUGUUGGAGGUACCGUAAGUUCAAGUAUUUUUGACUCACCGAGGGACACUGAAGGCCAUGGAUCCCAUACAUUAUCAACAGCCGGUGGUAAUUUUGUACCUGGAGCAAGUUUAUUUGGAUUAGGAAAUGGAACAGCAAAAGGUGGAUCACCAAAAGCACGAGUCGUAGCUUACAAGGUUUGCGGGCCAAUGACAUUCGAGGGCUCAUGCUACGACGCAGAUAUUUUGGCGGGCUUUGAUAUGGCUAUCUCCGAUGGUGUUGAUGUGAUUUCAGUAUCACUUGGAGGACGACCUCAACCCUAUGAAGAAGAUAGUAUUGCAAUUGGCUCAUUUCAUGCUGUUAAGCAUGGCAUUGUAGUGGUCUGCUCAGCGGGUAACGCGGGACCUGAUCUUGCUACUGUUUCCAAUGUUGCACCCUGGCUGAUAACAGUUGGGGCAAGCACCAUGGAUCGAAAGCUUGCUACUUUUCUAAAUCUCGGCAACAACAUAAGCCUCGUUGGAACGAGCUAUUCAGAUAAAAGAUUGCCAAACAACACCUUCUUUCCCAUUGUUACUGCUGCAUCUGUUAAAGCUACUAAUGCAUCAGAUUCUAAUGCCACCUUUUGUAUGGCAGGAUGCCUGGAUCCCAUUAAAGCAAAGGGCAAGAUCGUGGUCUGCCUGAGGGGGGAAAAUGGUAUAGUGGAGAAGGGAAUAAAUGCUGCUUCGGCUGGUGCUGUAGGAAUGGUUCUUGCCAAUGAUGUAUCUGAUGGAAACGAGAUAUCUAGUGAUGCUCAUGUGCUUCCUGCUGUACAAAUUCGUUACACUGACGGAGCUGCUGUUUUUGCGUAUAUCAAUUCUACAGUGAAUCCUACGGCUUAUAUUUCACCUCCAUCGACUCUACUGGGCAUAAAGCCAGCUCCAGUCAUGGCACCAUUUUCAUCAAGGGGACCUAACACUGUGACACCAGAGAUUUUCAAGCCCGAUAUCACUGCGCCAGGAGUCGAUGUGAUAGCUGCUUACUCUGAAGCACAGGGGCCAACAGGUGAAAGUUUUGAUAAACGCCGAACCCCCUACUUCGUUGAGUCAGGCACUUCAAUGUCCUGCCCUCAUGUUUCUGGCAUUGCCGGCCUUCUCAAGACCCUCCAUCCCGACUGGAGCCCUGCAGCAAUCAGAUCUGCAAUCAUGACCAGUGCAAGAACUAGGGAUAAUGCUGUAGAGCGAAUUACAGAUGAUGGUCAUAUAAAAGCAACACCAUUUGCCUACGGAGCAGGACAUGUUCAUCCAUCCCAGGCUAUGGAUCCUGGACUGAUUUAUGAUCUAACAAACCAAGAUUACCUGACCUUUUUAUGUUCACUAGGCUAUAAUGAAACCAACAUUUUGUUGUUUACAGAUGAAACUUUUACGUGCCCCAAGCCAAUUAGUCUCGUCAACUUGAAUUACCCCUCAAUAGCAGUUCCAAAACUGAAGGGUUCAAUCACAGUGACUAGAACUGUAAAAAAUGUUGGCUCCUCCCCUGCUACCUACACUGCCCGCGUUGUCAACCCUCCAGGGUUAUCUGUGGAUGUACAACCAAAAACACUUGCUUUUGCAACGAUUGGUGAUCAGAAAAGCUUCAAUGUCACAAUUACAGCUACAAAAGCUGGUGCAAAUAGAGAUUAUGUGUUUGGAAUGUUGACAUGGUCAGAUGGGAAGCACUAUGUGAGAAGUCAAAUUGCUGUUAAGGCAUCAGACUAACCAGAUGGGAAGCACUAUGAUCAAAUUGCUGUUCUCCAUGAUUGACUUGUAAUAUCUUGAUAUAAAAAUUGUCUGUAAAUUGUAAGAUGUGAAGAAAUUGCAGUUCCCAGUUAAGUUGCGUUUUCUUACUAGUAUCCUCACUUACAGUUCAAAUCAGGAAAAACUUGUCGAUUUCUCUCCACAAUGAAACGAAGAUCACUAAUA